AUGCUUCAUCACCCAAUACCAAGCUUUUCAACAGCUGCCCAGCCAGCACCACCAUUCCCAGGUCACCACCUUCACACAAUCACACACCACAUUCACAUUCCGCAAGCAUCCAAACACGACGCGUACAUUAACAAUUUCAUCAACAACAUCAGCGAACCACCACGAACCGACCGAGACGAAGCCAACAUGGCAGAUCAAGGCAAUCAAGAGGCUGCACGAGAGCCCUCGUCCCCAUCCGAGAAUGGACGCGCCGAGCGCGAGGUCACCGAGGACCGCGAAGCCGGAAACAACGAGCAAUCUGCCAUUGACGGCGAUGAGGACAAUGGACAAGGAGGCUCACUGGGACAGGGCACAGGCGAGACGCUCGCACGCGAUGCCUCUGGUCCCAGUGAGGUGACGGAUCGUGCCUUGGAAAUCGCACGCCGUGUCAGGGGACUCAAUCCGGUCAACGUCGUCCUCUUUAGAGUUCCUCGAGAGGACUUUCUGGCUCGACAACAAGGUGCUGCCCAGCCCACGCAGCAAGGAGCUCAGGGAAGAGCUUAG